AUGGAUCCUGUGGACGUCCAAGGCCAGUCCCAGUCCUCGUCCCAGUCCCAGGGGGAGGUGUGCAGCUCUCUCCGGGAGCGCAGUAUCUCAGAGAACAGCCUGGUGGCGCUGUUGCAGGGGAUGCAGGGUCAUGUGACCACAGUGGAGCUGAGGGACGAGGGCUGGGCGCAGGGCAGACUGCAGAACGUGGACGCAUUCAUGAACCUGAGAAUGAGGGACGUCCUCUACAGGGGACACAACAUGGGACACACCAGCAAGCUCCAGGACCUGUUCAUCACAGGGAGGAACAUUAGGUUCGUCCACAUCCCUGACCACAUGGACGUCCUGCAGACCAUCCAGACCCAGCUCCAGAGGAUCCACAGAGUCCGAACUUUCAACAGGGAGGGAGGGGGAGGCGGACGAAGGGAGUACUGCCCCAAGAAGAAGUGA